CAUCUCUCUCUCUUUACCUUUUUUCUUCAACCUUCUUCCCUUCCCCACUUUUCUCUCCUUUUUGCACCCUCCCUUUGGUUGCACCUCCCCCUACAGAAGGCUACAUUACACUAACAACCCAUCUCUCUCUCUCUCUCUCUGGUUUGCACUUUCUUUAAAACAUAUAUAUGUAAUAUUUUAAGUACAUGAAAAUUGACAAAGGGGUACAAAAACCCUUCUUUUCAACAACACCAUUCAUACUUCUCCAGUUCAACAUAUAUCUCCUUCUCUUUCUUUCUUUUAAACCAAAGAAAACAAGGGCUAGCUAGAUUGAACACCACUAUCGAAAAACCAGAAGAAGCAGAAGAAGAAGCAAAAGAAGAAGAAGGAGGAGGAGGAGGAGGAACAGCAGGAGGCAUCGAAGAGAGGAAACAGAGGAUGGUGAUGAUGAUUGGUGGAAGGUUCAACUAUGGUUUAAUAGUAUUCCUGAUCCUAUUGGGUCAUUUCUUCUGUUCAGGUUUGAAGGUGAGAAUUAAAGAACAAAACCAUGAACAGAAACAGCUACAUAUUACUACUUCAAUUUCCAGAACCCAGAAAGACAUCACAACCCCAAUAACCACAGUUCCUACAAUAACUCCCACCACUCCCACUUCAUCAACACCAAUUAUGAACCCUACUUCCACACCAGAUUCAACCUCUCCAGUUACUACAACCCCCUUUUCUACUACCACAACAUCAUCCACUUCUGCAAGUUGGUGUGUUGCUAGCCCAAGUGCAUCACAAAUGGCAUUACAAGUUGCCUUGGACUAUGCUUGUGGCUAUGGUGGCACUGAUUGUUCAGAGAUUCAGCUUGGUCGAAGUUGUUACAACCCAAAUACUGUCCGAGACCAUGCUUCUUUUGCAUUCAAUAACUUUUAUCAGAAGAAUCCAGUUCCAAAUAGCUGCAAUUUUGGUGGCACUGCUGUCAUCACCAACAAUGAUCCAAGUACUGGGACAUGUCAAUAUCCAUCCACUAGCACAAGUUCAUCGGUUUUGAACACAACAAAUUCAAGUGGCUCAACGGUUUUCGGUGCAGUACCUUCUGGUCCUUCUACCUCUUCAGCAGCUGCUGCUGCAAGUUCGCACAGCCUGCGAAAUUUGUUCACUAUGAUGUCUCUGACGGUGGUACUACUCGCUUAAAAGGCUCCAGUGGACUUCCCCGACUAAAAAUUGGUGUUUGGUUUGGGGGUUAGAAUGUAGCAUACAUAUGGGGAGGUACACAUUUACAUACUAGUGGCUUAUUACAUUGAGAUGUCUCAUCUCCUGUAAUGGAUAUAUCAAUGAGUUUCUUUCUUAGUGAUGAGAUUGAGAGACCUUAGAAAACGAGAUAAAGCAAUGUGGGAAUGUGUUGGUUCUUGUAGAGGUAGCAUUGUAGCAGCUACCGAACACUAAGAAAAUGUUGUAAUUACCGGGAAUAGAAAAUUUUGACAGGAACUUAUUGAAAUAGUGUGUGUGGGACUAAUGUACCCAUUAUAUAUGGUUGAAGUGAAAUAUGGGCUUGGUCAGCUUUCUGUUGGGUC